AUGCUUGAGAGAACAGCGGCGACCCUGGAAUCAUGCACCAGCUUUCAUGCUCUUCCAUCCGCCUCACGAUCACUCAGAAGCCGGCGCAAACUGCACACCGGCUUCUGGCAGCAUGGUGCCGCCGCCAUAGACAUCUCCAGCACGGAGCUGGCCAUGCAGCCCAAUAGCGCCAGCUUGUCCGUCCCCGAAUCGAUCACACGACCACCCGAAACCCUCGCCGCAUCCACUUUCCUCCUCGACUUCCUCUAUCCCAGUGGGACAGCCGCAUUCUUGCGCAAGCUUGCUCCGGGUCUGCCCGAUCAUCAUCAAGCGUCUAUUCGCCGACUUCCUCGCCGGUCCAGGCCCUUCACCUCGUCCACUGUUGCGAGCCCGUCACAAAGUAACGACUCCCGACCGAUACGAUACGGCCAGACCGCAGGCUCAUCUGUCAUAGAAGAGCGCCAGCCAUCUGGCUAUGAAGAAAUCGACCCGGCAGAGGAAAAAGAGUUUGAGGACGAGGAAGAAGAUGAGGAUGCGGUCACGAAUUCGCACGAUACCCACAGCGGCCCCUCGUAUGCUGGAGCAGGAUCGCGGCCAGAUUUAAUGAGGAAGCUGAUGGCAGAGAAAGACACGGAGUAUUUCGGUUCGAUAUGGCAGCUUUACUCGCAACUGGAACCGAGUUUGCAGCCGGAGCUUCGCCCAGAAGUCAUUGUGUACCUGUAUCGGUCUACAAAUGUCAUUGACGCCCGCAGGGUUUCGCUCUUGUUCUCUGAGAUGGACGCUAGCCAAUGGACGCCAGAAAUUCUAACAUCGGCGGUUGCGGCGCAUCUGUGCCUUGGACGCGAGACAGAAGCACUUGCGCUAUAUAACCAAGGACUGGACGCAAAGGGCAUGGUCGGCGGGCUGGACGAGCUGCUCCAAUACGCCUUCAAAAAGGCUGAUUGGAAGAGAGUCAAAAACGUCUGGGUAUCCUACCACGCAAGCGAUGCGUAUCGCGACGCCGAUCUAGUGCGGGUGGGAGCGUUGUCCUCUGUUUCUAAUAUCGGGAAGCUUGUUCUCCAAUUCUCACGCUUUAUAAGGACGGAACGAAUGGACGAAGAUGUGGCGCAAAGCCUCAGUGUACUUCUCAAGCAAGCAGCUCAAGCCGCGCUUCGGCAUCCUUGCAAACCAGAGGAGGCCCUGCCACUACUCAGGAUCAUCGACUCGGCGAAAAUGUACGUCACCUACAUCCGCGAAGCCUUGGCACGGGGUCAGCGAGAGUGCUUGCCUGAAAUAUACCGCGUCUACCGGGACUUGCCCAACACGACGAUGCCUCACGGAAUCCUGCAUGGCAUGUUCGAUGUCUUUUACCCCGAUGACGUGGUGGGCCUCGAGCAAGUAUACGAGGACUUUCACAGAUCAGACCGUGGGAAGCUAGAUCGACCGGCCUUCAAGAAGUACCUCUCAUUCUACGCGUCACGCGGCGAUACCAAGUCUCUCGAGCGCCUAUCUGACACCUAUAUUCGUACCUGGAAAACUGACGCCGUUGUACUCUUUAACAACAUGAUCAACGCAUACGCAAAUCUAGGAGAUUACGACAACGCUCGACGAGUGUUUGAUGAGAUGAGAUACAAGCACCGAAUGAAAGUGGGUACGGAUAGCUGGAACCAGCUUCUCAAGAGCUGUCUGCAGCAGGCAACGUAUGACCGCGCCAAAGUGGUCUUCGAGGAGCUCUGCGGAGCCACUGAGCCCAAUGCGGUGACGUUCGCGACCAUGAUGUCGCUGGCGGCAUCGAAGGGUGACCUUGAAUUUACUCUCGAUCUUCUCCAACAAGCUCGGUCAAGACAGGUCAGAACCGACGUACCUAUUCUGCAGGCCGUUGUCAGGGCCUACUGUUAUAACGGGCGGUUCCGAGAGGCUCUGGCAACUUGCAUAGAGGCCAAAAACACAAAUGUCCCCGGCAACCAAGCUGAGCUCUGGAACACCUUGCUGCGUCGCCAUUCGGACCGCCGGGAUUUUGACGAGGUCUGUGAGGUCGUUGCUCUUAUGUCCCAACACGACAUACCCUGGACGCCCGAAACCCAUAAAGUGUUGUUGAAAGCGUUGGUGGAUUGCAAGCAAGCUCACCCCGCAUACAAGGUGCUGCAUAAAACUGUCCGGCACAAAUCGUUCGCUCUUGACCCAGAGCACUUGGUCACUGUUAUGGAGGGCGGUCUGCGGUUGCGCCAGUUGAGAUGGGCGAACAGGUUUGAUAAACUGCGAAUCCACGCUGGACUACCGCUUUCGAUUGAUGCCCGCCUUGCGCAGACCCGUGCCUUGUUCAAACAGCAACUAUUUGGCAGCCGUCAGAAGCCGGGGCAAGUCGAUGCGGCAGAGGAUUUGAUGAAGUACAUACGGCAGAUGGUUGAAGAUUUAAAGACAGAUACACAGAUGGACGCGGGUCCCGGCAACGACACCCAGCAUCCAUUGAAACGCGCAGAUGCACUGUAUCGCUUGCGACAACUUCUGAUCAAAGCCAUCGCCCUUUUCACUCGAUACCGCGAUUACGAGUCGGCCAGAGAGCUCCGGAAGCUGCAGGAGAGCCUGAGCCAAGAAGGCGUCAUGCCAGCCCUCAAGGAUCUGUCGGUCGAGAUGCUGCAAUCGCUCCUGCAGGAGAACGUACAUGAGAAGAAGUACGACGCCGCCAAGAAGACUUGGGAGCUCAUUUGGCAAAAAAGUCUAGCACUCGCCAGGCCAGCAUCCUACCCGGGCCAUGGUCCGAGUGCUGUAUUGCCACGGUAUCGCUACUCCCUGUCCAGAUCGUUUGGGGCUCUGCAAGAGAUGUUCACGGAGCUGCGGGACUCCAAGAGCCUCAAGGCAAACCUUGACCGGCUUCUGGAUGCAGGCUUUCUUCUCGACAACCGCGCCAUGAACCACGCCUGUCAAGCACUUGCCCAGAUGGACUACUGGCUGGAAGCCUGCAAGCUCUGCGAACAGCACCUUAUGCCGAACUGGACGGGAUGGCAGGUCAACCGAAUCAAGGGCGGCCUCAAGAUGAAUAUUCCCCUGGGGGAACGGCGCAUAGGCAGGGCGCCGCAGUGGCUGCGGCCAACAUCGUACACCCUCACCGUUCUUGCCAGGGAGUACAGCGAUCUGGAAGGGAUGGCGCCGUGGUCGUCUGCCGCUGCGGAGACGGCCCGCAUUCUCCAGGAGCAGUGCCCUCGUGUCGUGAAGGCGCUUCGAAGCCUGCCAUACUCUGGCAUCGGCAUCGAGAAGGAGGUUUUCGGUCGACAGCAGGCCUCGUCUCCAGCGCCUCGGACGAGGCUGCAAGAACCGUCGGGCCAGCGGAAGCCCACGUUGGCGGCAAAGUAG